AUGCGCAUCAGCUACAGUGUCCUCCUCUCAAUUCUUUACACGUUUUUGCCGGUUAGCGCUGUUCUACGUUGUCUCUCAGGUCAUUCUCGGUACCCGACUCAAUGCACUUCGCAGUCCUACUGCGUCACUAUCACAUCGAAGACCGGCCCAGUCCAGCGUUCGUGCGACGGAAAUGCAAUUUCACAAGUUUCGCUGUGUUCAAUGUAUGCAAUGCACAGUAUCCCGCGGGUGCAAGUCGACUACUCCAACUACCCGAUCUCAAUGGGAGGUCCAUCGACCAUUUCUAAAUCAGGAUCGUCAUCUCUGACUCGAAAUCAACGACGCGCACCCAUGCAGAUGUGCUUUAAUGCCGGCGAUCUUGGAGAAGUUUGCUGCUGCAACACAGAUUACUGUAACAGCGGAGCUCACGUCGGAUAUCGAUGGAUCACUUCGAUUCUACUCAUCACAUGGAUUCUCAUGAUUUGA